GUGAAAGAAGAAGUGCAGGGAGCGUGUGCUGUGCCGGUGUGAGGUGAAUGAGCAGAGGCCGCCUGCCCGCAGCACAGAGGUUCCCAACUUCCCCUUCUUCCUGCAGAAGGCAGCGGGCGGGCAGCGAGACAGCAGCAGCCGCACAGCUUGCCCACCGGCCUGCUGAAGAACGCCAGGCAAAUUCUUGUGCGGUAUUCAGUUUCGCCACGGUUAAGUGGAACCUCCUUGGGAGUCAGGGUGGGAGCCAGUUCCUGGAGGAGAUUUGAUACACGACAUGGAUUACUGCUGGGCCCCUUUCCUCUGCCUGUGUCUCUUGGCGUCUCAGAGCAGGACAGAAGAGGCGUCCCAGAAGAUCCUGAAAUGGAUGCAGAAAAUGGAGGCGAUAACCAGGGGCAGGAGCAGCCCACCUCAUGCUGACCUUGUUCACGGCCUAGAGUCGGAGCUGCUCAAUGCCAGCUUCAGCGGCUACAACCUCACCUUGCAGACGCACUCCAUCCAGGCACUGGCCUUCAAGCUGAACUGCAACUUCGCUGGCCUCUCUCUGAGCAGUGCCGCUCUGGAGAAGGUCCCCCAGGCCCAGCCCCAACACGCCAUGCAGUUCCCGGCCGAGCUGACCCGGAAUGCCUGCAGGACCCGCUCUGGGGAGCUUCGUCUCAUUUGUAUCUACUUCUCCAGCAGCCGCUUUUUCCAGAAAGACAUCAACUCAUCUCUGCUCAAUAACUAUGUUCUGGGGGCCCAGCUGAGCCAUGGACACGUGAGCAACCUCAGUGAACCAGUGAACAUCAGCUUCUGGCACAACCAAAGCCUGGAAGGCUACACAGUGACCUGUGUCUUCUGGAAGGAGAGCGCCAAGGAGAGCUACUGGGGGGCCUGGAGCCCCGAGGGCUGUCACACACAGCAGCCCUCACCUUCCCAGGUGCUCUGUCACUGCAACCACCUCACCUACUUUGCUGUUCUUAUGCAACUCUCCCAGGCCCCUAUCCCUGCAGAGUUGCUGGCGCCUCUCACCUACAUCUCCCUGGUGGGUUGCAGCAUCUCCAUCGUGGCCUCGCUGCUCACUGUCUUGCUGCACCUCCAGGCCAGGAAGCAGAGUGACUCCGUAACACGCAUCCACAUGAACCUGCACGCCUCCGUGCUGCUCCUCAACAUCGCCUUCCUGCUGAGCCCUGUGCUGGCCACGCCCCCAGUGCCCGGGGCAGCGUGCGUGAUGCUGGCCGCCACCCUGCACUUCGCGCUGCUCAGCUGCCUCACCUGGAUGGCCAUUGAAGGCUUCAACCUCUACCUCCUACUCGGGCGCGUCUACAACAUCUACAUCCGCCGAUACGUGCUCAAGCUCUGUGCCGUGGGCUGGGGGGUCCCGGCCUUCCUAGUGCUGCUCCUUCUUGCCGUCAAGAGCUCUGUUUACGGACCCUUCAAGAUCCAACUCUCCGACAGCCGGGGAAACAGCACGGUCUUCAAGACCACGUCCAUAUGCUGGGUGCAGAACUCCUGGGUGCACCGUGUCCUGGUCAUGGGCUAUGGUGGCCUCACGUCCCUCUUCAACCUGGUGGUGCUGGCCUGGGCGCUGAGGGUCCUCAACAAACUGCGGGCACAGGAGAAGGUGCCGGGCUCCCGGGCCUGCCGGGACACCGUCACCGUGCUGGGCCUCACGGUGCUGCUGGGCACCACCUGGGCCUUGGCCUUCUUCUCCUUCAGCGUCUUCCUGCUGCCCCAGCUCUUUCUCUUCACCAUCUUCAACUCGCUCUACGGUUUCUUCCUCUUCCUGUGGUUCUGUUCUCAGAGGUGCCGCUCAGAGGCAGAGGCCGAGGCAGAGAUGGAGGUAUUCACCUCCUCCCAGAUGGUGCAGUAGUCUGGACUACCUGGACUUUCUGGCCCGGAGCUCCGAGACUCUCUGGGUGCCUGCAGAAGAGAAGAUGGCAGGCCAGCUGCUGGAGGCCAGAGGUCACUGUCACCUCCUGGGGGCCUUUUCCACCUCCAUGGCUUCCCCAGGCCCAGAGGGCAGGAUGUUGCUCUACCUCCUCUGGCAUUAUGCUCCAAAUGCCAGGUCAACCCCACCUGGGGGCAGCCAACUCGCCCCUGGUGCCUGGGCCCAGCUGGCCAAGCCUGUGACCAGAGCACUGGUCAUGGAGUCAAAAGGUCAUGUUUCAGCUUCUGGCUCUGAGUCUCCCUGUCUGACCUUGGACCUGUCAUUUCUCACUGACCCUCACUGACCAUCUGUGACAUUGGGACAGAUGGCUCUGGUCUUGCCCUGUCCCAGAGCUCUAUGCAGAUUGAAUGAGACCAGGGAGGAAGAGGUCAUAGUGGGGUGGGGCAGCUGGCUGAGGGCAGCUGGGGACAGGGUCUUGACCAGCCUGUCCUGGAAAGGCCUGCUGGGCCCUGCUUCCUUCCUUGGGGAGAGGGUCAUCCCAGGCCAGGGGUCCCCAACCCAGUGCUUAGAGACCCACCUAGUGUCUGAGACCUCAUCAGCCUGUGUCCAAAGUUUCUUUUCCUUUUGCUCCCAGAUUAUGAGGACUAACUCCAAGCCCACCUUUCCCAAAGAUCAGAAAAUCCUGUCCUUCCCAGAAGCUCCUCCUCCAGGGCUCCCCAGACCGCUAUAGGCCAUUUAGACUAGUGACUGAGGUCAUAGGACUUCCUGGAGGUGGGAGGGGAGUGCCUCAUUCCCCUCCAUCUGAGCUCCAGUGGCCAGGCAUUUUGAUGACUGGGCGGGUUUGAAUUUCCCCUGGUAAGGUGUGAGGAUGUGUGUUCUAAAUCUCAGAUAUUUUGGUCUGUUCUCUUGGAGCUGGGAGGCACCUACAGUAUUUAUAAAUUGGUAUAAAUUAUGCAAGUCUUUUGUCAUGCUGCACAUUCUUGUUUUCUUCUCAUUUGCUAUGUUAGCCGUCACUGUUGUAGAGAAUCACCAUUGCCCUUGACCUGUCCUAACAGAUCGAGUAGACCACGCCUGAAGCCAGCGCAUUUCCCAGACUUCCCACCAGGGGGCGAUGUUGGCCCACAGCGGAAGCCAUUGGGUCCAAAACCACGUCUGGAGAUGCUGUGGUCGCCUGUCUGUGGACACAACACACCAGAUGGAGAGGCCCUGCCUCCAGGACUGUGCGUGCUGAGUGACCAGCAGGGGGAAUGCCACCUUGCCUAGAUGGCCAUUUCUCUUUCCCAACACAGCCGCCCGCUCUGGCUCUCAGUGUCUUGCGCUCUGGGCAUCUUGCACUAGAGCAGUGGGCUGGGAUAGUUCUCAGGGACUGGCUCCAGGCCAUCAGACAGAUUUUGAUGACUUUGAACAUCACAGGGCGGGAAUUGGAGCCAGAUCCCUUUUCUCCCGGGGGGACCCUCUGCCCUCUGUUCAUUUCUUAAAUGAAUAGCCUUUCAUGAGGUGGCGAGUGGUUUAAUUCCAGGGCUAGACAGCCUGGGCUCAAGUGCCAGGCCUGUCACUUGUUGGCUGUGUGACCAUGGACGGACCAUUCCAUCUGUCUGUGCCUGAGUUUUCCCUUCUGUAAGAUAGGGGUAAUAGUAAUACCUACUUAGAAGGUUAAAUAAAAUGACCCAUAUAAAGAGGCUUAGCAGAGGGUAAGUAAGUGCUCAGUAAAUGGUUACUGCCAUCA